AAGCAUCCACGUGAAACAAGCUGCCGGCUCGUCUGCCUGGCGCCUGCUAUAUCAGACUGUGCCUUCCGCCUCACCAAACGCCACCAAUGGGGCGCCGCGUCAAACGUCAAGCCGUGAACAGGGCCUGUUCACAGUGCCUCCACAAUGCAUUCGCAAGGCAUAGAAACGUGGAUUGAAGAUUCCCGUUGCCCUGUAACGGUUGGGCCCCAGCGUAAAGAUGACCCAAGGUUGAGUGCGUGAAGCAAAUGUCGGGAAAGAGCCUCCUCGGCAAACCCAGCAUUCACGCACCAUUAUCCUUGUCAUGCGCCUCCUUUCUUGCCCAAUGUGGCCGCUCUAGGCUUCUCUUCCUUUAUUCCCUGUACUUUUGCACCUAUCUCUGCGUUCUGUAUCGCCAACCGCCUAAAUGACGGAGGAUUCGAAGAAGAGAAUUGACCCGGAAGACCUUCGUCUUUACGGCCUGGCUCUCAACAACCGAUGGUCGACACGGCAGCUCUAUCAUCAUGUGGCUCCCGAAGUCCCUAUAUUUGUCUACGGCUCACUGAUGCUGCCGUGGGUUGUUGCCAAAGUUUUGGGCAUUGUGGAAGGAACGAAGGGUGUUGAGGAGACCACAAAACGCAUGACUCGUGCUACACUAAGGUGUCAUUUUAGAGUGACGAUUAAGCUCGAGAAUACUCCAACAAUCGUAAAGACGAAAAAGGAGGCGGCUGUGGAUGGGAUGCUCCUUGGUAGACUCGAUCCACAAAUGGCUUCCAAGAUCGAGGAAUACAUUGGGCCGGGGGAGCAUAGGAAACAGCUAGAAGAGGUUGAAGUGGAAACGGACAGCGGCGAAACUAUCAUCGUCUGUGCUUACAUGUACGUAUGGAAAGGGUCUACGGACGCUCUGAUCCCGAAGAGCUGGACGCCGAUGGAUUAUAUGCGAAGCCGAGCCGGUCUUCCGGAAGAACAGGCCGUAGAGACAGCAGCGCUAGGGUAGCCUCACCGAUGCAACAAAUUCAGAACACGACGUGGGAAGCCGGGGGGAUACUUCUAGGGGAAGCGUUCCUCCACGAGAUUUCCAUGCUCACUAUGGACUUCUCUUCCGAAUACCGCCGCAGAAGAGAUAUCGCAG